AUCUAAUCGUGUAUGAAGUACUUUUGUACAAUAUUUAUAUACAUUCUUUUUCCAUUUAGUUGGGGGUAAAAGCUAUGUGCCAUGAACCUUCUACUAGUCCAGUACUCCGGUGUCAUAGGCUUGAAACUCAUUGUAAGAAGUCUCAGUUUCAGUCCUGAUUCCCCUUAAUCGUUCAUGAUAGCCACCCCAUCAUCAUCGUCACGUGAGAUAGAAUUUACCGUGUUGAUCAAUCUCACUUUCAUUAUCAUAGCUUUUAUCUACUUUCAUGGAAAGCGUCCCAUUGAAGAAAUAUUAAGACUGCUGCCAGGGCCCCAUUCAGAUAGCAAGAGGAGUGGAUUUGCAAGCAAUCCGUCCUUUGACAGUCUGCCAGGGUCCAUAGACUACUCUGACAAGAUAGGUGAUGGAAGGCGUUCAUUGGUGCUUGUUGUUUUCAUUGGUGGGGUGACCUUUGCUGAGAUUAAUGCUCUUCGAUUCCUGAGUUCCCAGGAGGGUAUGCCAUAUGACUUGAUUGUAUUGACUACAAAAAUAGUGAACGGGCACACAUUGACAGAAACAUUGAUGGAGAAAUUGGGGUGACCGGUAAAGAAGAGACUUUUUAGUGUGGCUUCUUCUUUGUUGUUUUGAUGACAUUGUUUUUUUUGGUAUGACCUUUCUUGCAACCAUUUUGUUUGGAGUGUGAUUGACUUUAAAAAGGCAGGGUUGAUAAAAAAUGACCUUGAUUGAGAAGGUGUAAAGGAGAAUUUCAGUUGGUACAAAAAAGAUGACCUUGGUAUAUCGGAGUUUGUUUUUUUAAAUUGGUUUAUGUAACCAGAUCUCUUAAACCAGAAUUAAGGUGAUAUUGAGUU